AUGAUAAUAAAUAGAACAUGUGAAUACAAAAGAAUAAAUACUUUACCCAUACGAAAAGGAGGGAUAGAUGUAUUUCACAUUCGUACAUUUUUAGAUGAAAUAUAUAAAUCUAUUAAACUUUUACAUAUUAAACAGGAAAAACUUAAGCUUCCGUCUUUUGAAUCAAAAAGCAAAAAAAGACUAGAAAUCCGUAAAAUGAAUGAUCUUAUAACUUCAAGAUUUAAAGAAGUAGAAUCUCUUAUUUCUGAAAUAAACACAGAUGAUACAGAUUUGAACAAAUACAUUAUUAAUUAUUUUAAUACUAAAUUAAAAACCAUUUUAUUGGAAUAUAAAAAAACACAGCAAAAAUUUUUAGAGGACAGCGUAAUUGACAUUAUUCCUGAAAAAAAUUUUGAACAAGAAACAGAAUAUAUGGCAGAUAAUGUAGAAAAUGUACUAGACAUUCAAAAAAAUAUUUAUGAAAUCACUAAUUAUAUUUUAGAAAUGAAAAUGCUUAUACACUUAGGAUCUAAUAGUAUAGACAGACUCGAUUUAAUUUUUGAGACUACAUGUGCGAAUCUAGAUAAAGUAAAUAAUGAGUUAAAUAUUUUAGAGAAAAAUUAUAAAGGGAUGAAGGAUAAAAUAAUGUAUUUAUUAGGUAUAAUAGUACUAUUAUUAAUUAUCUUAAGUAUUAUAAAAGUGGAAUUAAGAAGAAAAGUAAUAAAUUAA